CCAGAUCCUCUUCUUCCCCAACACAAAAUCACUCUCUCUUACAGAGACACAGAGAGAGCAAUUGUGGAAACGACAAUGGCCGCCUCACUGCAAGCAGCCGCCACCCUCACGGCCAUGCCCUUGCAGCUCAAAUCUUCCCACUCCAUUUCCAAGGCCUUCGGCUUGCAACCUUCUGCAUCGAGGCUCACUUGCUCUCUUCACCCUCAUCUCAAGGACCUCGCUCACAAGUGUGCCGACGCCACCAAAAUUGCAGGCUUCGCCCUCGCCUCCUCUGCUCUCCUCGUCUCUGGGGCAAGUGCCGAGGGUGCCCCAAAACGCCUGACCUACGACGAAAUCCAGAGCAAGACAUACUUGGAAGUCAAAGGAACAGGAACGGCUAACCAGUGUCCGACCAUCGAUGGCGGAGUUGACUCAUUCGCCUUCAAGCCUGGAAAAUACAACGCCAAGAAGCUCUGCCUUGAGCCCACCUCUUUCACUGUGAAAGCCGAGGGUGUCAGCAAGAACGCCCCGCCUGAGUUCCAAAACACCAAGCUCAUGACCCGCCUCACCUACACUCUCGACGAGAUCGAAGGCCCCUUCCAAGUUUCUGAAGAUGGCUCCGUCAAGUUCGAGGAGAAAGACGGCAUCGACUAUGCCGCCGUCACGGUCCAGCUUCCCGGAGGCGAGCGCGUGCCUUUCCUCUUCACCAUCAAACAGCUGGUGGCUUCUGGAAAACCAGACAGCUUCAGCGGAGAAUUUCUGGUGCCGUCGUACCGGGGAUCAUCGUUUUUGGACCCCAAGGGAAGGGGUGCUUCCACGGGUUAUGAUAAUGCGGUGGCAUUGCCGGCCGGAGGAAGAGGAGACGAGGAAGAACUUGCGAAGGAGAACAAUAAGAGUGCUCAGUCAUCGAAAGGGAAGAUAACUUUGAGUGUGACGAAGAGCAAGCCUGAGACUGGAGAAGUGAUUGGGGUGUUUGAGAGCCUUCAGCCAUCUGAUACUGAUUUGGGAGCUAAAGCUCCGAAGGAUGUGAAGAUCCAGGGCGUCUGGUAUGCUCAGCUUGAUUAAUUCAGAGACCUUCUUCUUCUUCUGAUCUGAGUAAUAUGGGGCUCCAGAUUUUGUUGUAACUAGCCAGAGUUGAAUAUUCGCUUCUGCACCAUCCUAUGGCCCAAAGGGUAAUAUUUUUAUUACUGUGUCUGUAUAUUAUAAUAUUGACUUCAAACUAUAAUAAAAUGUAGUUUUCAUUGGUGGUGGCCUGGCUAGUUUUUGUAACAUUCCAUGUUCUUGUUUACCCAAUUGUGAGAUGGUUUCUCUUUACAUGAGCCAAGCCACGGAUUUCGUUGUUAGUAUUACUAUCCGGUCAGUUUCUGUGCAUAAUCUUGCACAAAUCCAUCCUUUAAUUUCUA